CUUAGGAUUGGUAGAAAAACAGCAUACUUCAAAAUUCAGAGGUUACAGCGACCACAGCACCAACAUAACCAGUUCUUUUGUCCAACCGAGUGGCAGUUAAACUGUCAAAAUCUCCUUCUUCCACAAGAACAGUCCCGGCUUUUCUAUGUGACAGUUGUUUAAGAAGCCUUCAAGAGGGCAGACAAUAUACUUGCCUGUAACAGCUUCAAAAGUUACUUUUCAAAAGCAAUUCAUUCCUGUUCUUUCAUACCGUGUUGGAACAGGAACUCACCUUUGUUACUUCUUUUUGUUGCAAUUUUUGGGAGAAUUAGCAGUUCUCUCACUCCCCCCCACCCCAUCAGCCCUGUUCUGGCCCCCUUUUUUUAUUACUGUUUGCUAUUUGGUUUAUUUAUUUAAAACAACAACAAAGGAUUGAUAGGAGAAUAGUAUGAAACUUGAAUUCCAGUCAACGUUUCCGUCAAAAUGCCUUAAAAAUGUGCUUCAAGAGACUGAUUGACCUAGAAGAGCAAGUGAGAGAAAGAAAAGAUCCUGAUAUCGCAACCAGCCUUGUGCUUUUAGAAAUUGAGAUUCGCCCUUCCUGAGUAAUCGGAAACCUGCAUACCUACCAAGGUAUAAAAGCGUGAAGAUUUCAUUAUGCCAAUCCAUGCAGAGAAGGGCCAUGAGGCAAGGCACCUGAAAGAUCAAAACAAGAAAGGCCAGGAAGUGCAGGCACAAAUAAAAAUGGAGCCACAGGACCCAAGUGCAUCCUGGGAGAGCUUCAAGGCUGGUGAUAGAGACUCCUAUGUUGUCCAAGUGAAGACCGUCAAGGAGUUUCUGAGCGAGAAAAGCCCAGUGCAAAUCAAGAAAGAACCUGAAGAGGAUCUACAGCAGUCCUGGGAAACCCAGUUGCAGGAGUUGCUGAAGAGUGUGGAGUCUCCUCAGUCAACAUGGAGGCCCCCAAAGUCUCCUGACCCGAUAUACGAAGAGGACAUGGAGGAGCUCCAGGCCUCUAUCAAGGAAAUGGCUUCAGCCAGCCUGUGGCCUCGAGGUGAGUGGGCAGCUCCGUCCCCCAUGCCAGCCCUUGGGGAAGCUGGUAAACCCAAGAAAGGCCUGGAGUCUUCCAUGAAAGUGAAGGAGGAAGUUACGAGCGAGGACGCCACCCACGCGGAAACGCAACGCCAGCGCUUCAGGCACUUCUGCUACCAAGAGGCUGAAGGACCCCGGGAGGUUUGCAAGCAGCUCUGGAGACUCUGCCAUCAGUGGCUGAAGCCGGACAGGCGCUCCAAGGACCAGAUCGUGGACGCGCUCAUCCUUGAGCAGUUCCUGAACAUCUUGCCUUGGGAAAUGCAGAGCUGGGUCAGGGAGUGGCGCCCUGAGAGCUGCAGACAGGCAGUCGCCUUGGCUGAGGAUUUCCUCGGGAGGUGGCAAGAACCUGAGCAAUGGCAGAACGAGGAACCACAGCUAGCGGUGGAUUCUGUUGUCAGCACCCCUAAGACGCAGAUCUCUGUGGAAACCAAGCAAAAGGAAGUAAAUGGGCAAGUGGAAGAGCAUGGAGAGGUGUCAUUUCCCAUAGAAAGAACAGAGCAAGGGAGACUUUGUGGAAUAUCCUUCCAGGGCCUUGAGGUGGAUUUGAUGCCUGGAAGUCCACUCAAGCCCAGAAGCCAUUGGGAAAACCACCUGGGGAAAGCCACCCAGCACACUUUUCUCCAUGAGGACAGAGAUGUUGGCUUACACAAAGAUGCCUUUCCAGAGGAGAUCAUCCAAUUUGACAUCAAAAAGGAACAGGCUGACAAUAGGGGCUUUAAGCAGCAUAAUGGCCAGGCCGUGCAGAUCUCUGAAAAACCGUACACAUGUUUGUACUGUGGGAAGACCUCGAACUGCAAGGCAAACCUUGUGGUACAUGAGAGAACCCACACCGGAGAGAAGCCGUAUGCCUGCUUGGACUGCGGCAAGAGCUUCAACCGGAAGUCAACCCUCGUGAGGCACAAGAGGAUGCACACUGGGGAAAAGCCGUACGAGUGCGCCGAGUGCGGGAGGCGCUUCAGCAUCCGGUGCAACCUGAUUAAUCAUGAGAGAAUCCACACAGGUGAGAAGCCGUACAUUUGCUCGGACUGCGGGCAGAGGUUUAGUCGGCGGCUACAGCUUGUCAUACACAGGAGAACUCAUACAGGAGAGACGCCGUACAGAUGCGCCCAGUGUGGGAAAUGCUUUACUCGCCGCUCUUCUCUUUUGACGCACGAGAGGAUCCACACGGGAGAGAAACCAAACACUUGCACAGAUUGUGGGAAAAGCUUCAUUCAGAAAGGAUACCUUCUUAUACACAGAAGGAUCCACACGGGAGAGAGACCCUAUAAAUGCACAUCGUGCGAGCAAAGAUUUCUCAAUCGGAGCGAUCUACGAAGACACGAAAAAAUCCACGCUGGAGCAAAUCCUGCAAGCUGCUAGAGUUAUAACCAUGAACCAGGAGUGUGGCUGCUUGCUUUUAUUUGCCUGUCCAGCAGCCUGUGGUUUACUACUGGAAAUGGAAAUGCUUAAUUCAUUGUUUAAAAAUAUUGAUGUUUUAAAAAGAAAGAGAAAAUGUAAAAGGUACAUGCAAGGGAAUCAGAAGUGAUAACAACACAAAACUGUGAACAUGUUUAAUAAGAUUUGAAGAGAUUGGUUGGUGCAGCUUUCCAAAAAGAUGGGCUGGAGAAUGGGGGACUAUUUUGCUUAGGAAAAACAACAACAAAGAGGAACAUAACAAAGGUUAAUAAAAGGCAUAGAAAUAACAAGCCUAUUAAGGUAUGGGAACUAUUUAUGUGGAAUGAAUGACUGAUAUAAACCACAGGUGCCGACAGAGCAUAAACAGGUUAGAUGCCCAACUCAGAGCAGAGCACUGUUCUUCUCAGAUAACCUUCAGAAAAUAUACUUCAUUAACAAUCCAUUAUUGAAAUAUGCUUGUCUGGUUUCCGGCAUAAAAGGCUGGUCCCGAUCCCUCAACCUCAACAUCCAUUUUGAAUAAUCUUUCCUUUUAUUGCUCUGAUACAUAUUAUCAGCAUCCAGAAUGUGUAGGGGAGAGGUUUAUAUAAAUUAAAUACUUUUUUAUAGUUAAAAACCCCCGCCACUUUUAAAGACAAAAUUGAGAGAAAGACUUGAAAACAUACUUUCUAAUUUCAGGGAUGUUGAAACACCCAAAGCCUUCUGCUUAGAUGGGUGGAUUUGUCAGGUUCACGUUCUCUUAUAAUUGAAUUUUCAUCGUCUGAAGUUCUUUUUGUCACAUCUGUGGAAAACAUUUGCUCAUUUUAAAAAAGUUCUUAUCAAAAAGAAGGCGAUCACAAUUCUGACCUUUUGCUAAGGGGACUUAUUGUCAACCAGGAGAAUUAUAGAAGCUAGCGUUCGAAUAAAUGUUUGGUAUAACUGGGAAAAUAAGCAAUCUGGAUUGGAGAUGGGCACGAACCAAUUCACUCUGGGUUCGUCCCAGUUCGUCUCGCCUCGUCUGGCUCAAAUCAGCCACUCGCCAGGCCCAGCGCGCUACCCUUCCUGCACCUCCUCAGCUGAUCUACCAGUCCUGGCAACAGCUCAGGCUCCUCUGCCCCGCCCUCGUGGCUGAUCGCCCACUCAGAGAAAAGGGCAAGGCAGAGAAGUCUGUGCUCUUGCUCCUGAUUGGGAGAUUAGCAAGCAAUCUGGGCCUGUUGACUGGCUCAUUGGCUGAGGAAGCGGGAGAUGGGAACGGCAGCACACCUUUAUGAACCCCCACCAGCUGGGACAAACAGGUUCAUGCCUAUCUGGAUCUUGGGCCAGAAAUUAUAUAUUUACAGAGGCAAGGGGGACAGAGAUCUGGUUUAUAUUUGUGAUCAUCACAUUAUUUUCCAUUACUGCUUGUUGGAAACUAUUUUGAGAAACUAAGGGCUGCGUGAGAACAACUGCUCCUGUAAAAUUACAUGGUUCAUCACCUUUUUUUUGCUGUUUUUUCUGACCAUUCAU